ACUCGCGUUAGGAAUUUAAGAGUUUAUUAUUCUUAAAAUGUAUUAGCCGUUACAUAGUACCUAUAUAAUAUAAACUACAAUUUACAACCAUUUCAAAUCACACACGAAACCGCAAAUACGUAAAUCGCUAAUUAUUACCGUCAAAUCAUAUAAUUUAAUACAAUUUCAAUCAUCAAUAAGCUGGAACUUUCCGAUGAUAAAUAUUUUGAACAUAUCUCAUAUAACAAUUAUUCGUUAAGUAACGAUUUUGCGUGUAAACGCGAAGUGCAAUUUUUGACUGAACACAGACUUCAUCUGAUAGUAGCGGAUCUACUCUAUUCCUGUAAAAUAUACAUAACUGUAUAGUAAAUCCUUGCAGCGCUAUAUAAUAAAAUGUCGGUACUCGAGAAUCAGGUAGCAUUGAUCACUUCAGCUACGUCGAGUAUUGGAAAAGUGUAUGCCAAACACCUUCUUCAGAAUGGCGUCAAGGUGGCGUUAUGCGAUAUAGAUUUUGAAGCAUGUCAAUUGUUCGCCAAUGAGUUAUCGAACGUGUUUGGUGAUAAUAAUGUUUUGGCAUUGGGUUAUUUCAUUGCAGAGAAUUUACAACUUGAAAGUGCCUUCAAUUCGUGCUUAAAUCAUUUUGGGCGAAUGGAUAUUGUCGUUAACAACAUGACUGAAAUGAAGUUCCACGUAUUAAUCAAUAAUCAGGAUGAAAAUAAUUUUAUCUGUAAACACUAUAGCGGAGUCAUUAGCGGAACGCUUCUAGCAAUUAAGUACAUGGGAGCUCCGUACGGAGGCAAUGGUGGAACUGUGGUGCAGACUACAAACUGCAGAUCAGCGACUAAUGCUGUUGUUGGGUACACGAAAUUGAUCGGUGACGAACAAAGUUCACAUUACCUGAAAAUAAGAACUAUGGCAUUAGAUCCAAGAAAUGAUUCGGAUAAUGUUGGCAGAGCUUUAAUUUAUAUUCUGAAACAAGGUAUUACUGGACAAUAUUGGAUCGUGGAAAACGAAGAAACACCGAGACUGGCAGUAACAACUGAUAUUAUAAAUUAAAUAAAAAUAUUAAAUUAAACUUCAA